AUGGCAAAGGACAACGCUACAGCAGUACUUGAGUUUCUCCUUAUUGGAAUCGCCAACUAUCCGGAGUGGAGAGUCACAUUUUUCACACUGGUGCUGAUAACUUACCUCAGCACAUUAUUGGGGAAUGGACUUAUCAUCUUUCUUAUCCAUAUGGACCCUCAUCUCCACACUCCAAUGUACUUCUUCCUUAGUAACCUGUCUUUCUUAGACCUUUGCUAUGGAACAGUCUCUCUGCCCCAGGUCUUGGUGCAUUGCUUCUCUACCCAUCUCUACCUCUCUUACCCACGAUGUUUGACCCAAAUUAGUGUCUCCUUGGUCUUGGGUACAGCAGAAUGCCUCCUACUGGCUGUCAUGGCCUAUGACCGUGUGGUUGCUAUCAGCCAUCCCCUGCGCUAUGCAGUUGUUAUGAGUGGCCCAGUGUGUGUGUGGCUGGCGGCUGCCUCCUGGGGGUCAUCACUUGUGCUCAGUGCCAUGCUCCUCUUAUCCCUGCAACUUCGCUUCUGUGGGGCUAAUGUCAUCAACCAUUUUGUCUGUGAGAUUCUCUCCCUCCUUAAACUAGCCUGUUCUGACACUAGCCUUCAUGAGCUUAUGAUCCUCAUCACAGGUAUUUUCACCCUGCUCCUACCCUUCGGGUUUGUUCUCCUCUCUUAUCUCCGAAUUGCCGUGGCUGUUCUAAGGAUUCGUUCAGUCCAAGGUAGGCUCAAAGCCUUUUCUACAUGUGGUUCUCAUUUGGCCGUGGUGACAAUCUUCUAUGGGGCAGCCAUUUCCACGUAUAUGAAACCACAGUCCAAGUUAUCUCCUGACAGGGACAAGUUUAUCUCGGUGUUUUACGGGGCUCUGACACCCAUGUUGAACCCCCUAAUAUAUAGCCUCAGGAAUAAGGAUGUCAAAGGGGCAAUGAGGAAAGUUAUGGCCAAAAAGGCAUAA